AUGGCGACCAUCUGGUAUUGUUGCGCAUGUUCGCCAUACAACGGAUGUGGAGGAAUAUCAUCGGAGCUUCAUCCAGCUUGCAUCACAUGUGGAGAGAUCAGAUGUUCUGGAUGUGUGGAAGAAGCUGCGUUUGGUAGAGAGGCGGAGGAAGAGGGUUCUUUAUACCCAUGGCCUGAGGAAAAUGGGAUGGUUAUUAAUGAUGAGGCUCUGAUUCGAGACAACCAUGAGCAUGAGGCUCUGCGAGAAACGAGUCAACCAUUCACCGACGGAGCCUCAUCGUUACAAGGAGGCUUUAGUGUGGACCCACUGGAUUGGAGUUACCCGGCUACUGCCAUGGAGAGCCCAACAACUAUCCUUGAGUUGACUUCCAACUAUAGGCAUAGAGAAACGGAACGAAUUAGUGGGGUCGAGUCGGAAACCGACUGGCCGAGUCAGCUUUGUGAGGAUGGAGAAAGGACACCCCGUAGUGGCCCGGAUGAUAAUGAUCCAUUCGACUCAGUUGACAAGGAUGUAGACGUCCUCUUCUCCCACGAACUGGAGCUGUCCCUGGACUGCUUUCCUUACCAGGAAUAUCAAAAUGGACAAUUGCCACCAGAUACAAACAACACAGAGACUUUUAAUAUUGAUGAAAUCGACCAAUUCGACUUCAAUCUGGCAAUAGAUCAUGACGGUGCAAACAUUAUCGAGCCGCAGCAUUAUUGGGAGGAGUCCAGUAGUGUGAAUGCCCCUACGAUUCCACGUCCUCCCGAGCCUCCCACUUUGUGGCCCAUCGACGCCAUUCAACCAGCGUGCAACGUACCUUACCAAUCAUCAUCGAUUGCACCGUCAACACUUCGAAAUGAAACAUCACCACUAGAUUCCCUUUCUCCAAGUCCCCCGUCUCACAGGGGUACGGACCAACCCCGUAUUGCUAGAAAAGGCAAAGUUUCUCAAGCUAUUAGAAUCUGCGAGUCUUGCUCUUCGGCACCGGAACAUUAUGGCAAACCAUUUGCUUGCCUCUUCUACAAGCUCAAUCCAAAGAAAUACUUCACAUGCAACAACAAGGAUUUCACGAGUAUUGGUCAUGUGCGGCAACACAUUAGAAAAGAUCACUGCAAAUAUUGCUGGGCGGCUUUUAAUGAUGAGAGAUCAUCAAAAACACAUGCGGAGUGCCAACCAAUGGAUGGAAAACCCGUCAUUGAUUUGGCGCCAAUGUGCAAGGCCCAAAUUGAUCCUAACAUGAAGUGGUAUUGGACCUGGAAACAAUUGUUUGGAGAAAGUGUCCCCUUACCGCAGUGCCCCUAUUCACAUCCCUGUCUGGACCUGGAAAUUUACAUUCUUAAUAACCACCGAGACGCCGAACUGAGCGAUUUGACAGGCGCCGGCGACGCAGGAUCAAUUGAUUGUUGA